GAGUUUUCUAGAUAGCUUACUGUUAUUAAUUUCUAAUUUCAUUGAGAAUAUAUGAUUUCAGUAUUUUUACAUGUAUCAAGAUUUUAUGGUCUACCUUAUGGCCUAUCUUGUUGAACAUGCCAUGUACAUCUGAAGUUGUUGAGGCGAUUAGGGUAAGGUCAUUAUAGUGUUGAAAUCUAUGCCUUUACUGAGUUUUUUCAAGUUUUCUACCAAUUGUUAAAAGAGGGUUUUAAACACCUCCACUCAUGGUUAUGAAAUUGUCUAUUUUUCCUAUUUUUUUUUUCUGUCAAUUUUUGCCCCAUAUAUCUUGAAAUCCAUUAUUUGGAUUUAUGAUUUUUAUGACCUUGUCAUAUAGGUAUAUGAUAUUUAUAAUCUUUCAUUACUACUUUAGGUUUCUUAUGCUUACUGUUGCAUGGUAUGUAUUUUUUUCAUUUACUUGCAUUCUGUUAAUGUAAACUACAUUAAUAAUUUUUCACCACAAUCCAGACUCUCAGUAAUCCUUUCCUUGCUUUUGUUUAAAUAUUUACUCCAAAAGUGUGGCCUAUGGUUUUAGUUCAGCAAAUAUAAAUUUGUAAGAUUUAUUUAUGUAUAUUUAUGACUAGUUUCUAACAACAUUAUGUUUAUAAGAUUCAUCCAGGUUAUUGCAUGUCGUUGUAAUUCAUUUAUUUUUGUUCUCUAGAAGAGGAAUUGCUGGGUCAAAAGUUAUUCAUAUUGUCACAUUUAUUAGACAUUGUCAAAUUGCUUUCCGAAGUGGUGGUACCAAUUUAUAUUCCCUUAGUGUGGCUUGAGUCAGAGUGAUUCGCUUCCUAACUAACUCUUAUUUUUGGAAUUUUUAAUUUUUGCCAACCUUAUAGGUAUGAAAUAUACCCCAUGAUUUUAAUUUGCAUUUCUUUGAUAAUAAAUGAGUUAAGCCUUUUCCCAUAUACUUAUGCUUGUGUCUCAUUGUCUGUUAAGUACCUGUUUAAGACUUUUUCUCAUAUUCACCUGAGACUUUUAGACAUUACAUUUUUAGAAAUAUUUUAUGUAUCCUAGUUAAUAAUUCUUAAUCAAUUGUAUCUGUAGCAUAAGUCUUGCAAGGUAGUAGCUUGUAGUUUUCAAGUAUUUUAUGGAGUAUUUGGCUGAUCAGACUUCCUUAAAAUUAAGUUGAAUUUACCAGUAGUUUCCUUUAAGUUCGUACUUUUUAAAUGCUCUUAUCACCUCAAAAAAGAUCCAAAACUUUUAUAGAGAUAGUCCUUUUAUUGUCGUGUAAAAUCCUACUAACACUCCAUUCUAUAGCUAUUUCAAGAAACUGUGUGAAUUAGUUGAGGAGGAUUAGUAGGAGAUUUGGUGCUCCCCAAAUUCUGAAAGUGGGGCUUGAGUAUUUUAUUACUCAUUACUGUGAUCACAUUUGUAUUUUUCAGCUUUUGUUGUCUCAGGAAAGAAAACAUUUGCAAAUGCAGAUCCCUUCAGAAGUUACCUUGAGUAUUUUAUUGCAGAAGAAAAAUAUGCCCUAAUGGUACCAAUAGGGGUCAAACAACUUCUAUAAAGAAAAUUACUAAAAUAUGUGAGUAAAAUGUAGUGGCAAUCCCUAAGAGGGGGGGAUUUAGAGAGAACAGAAAAUGAAGAGGGAAAAUAGUGAUACAUUUAUUGGGUUCAAUAACUGUUAAAAAUUAAUAGGAAACUAGAGCAAGAGGUAUGUGGUAACCUAGCACUUAAGUUAGCUCUGUUAUACUUCCAAAGGCAUAUUUGAGGUUUUGGCCUUCUGGGCAACUUUUGGGAGAGUGUCUGUCAUUUUUCCUUUACUGCUGGUAAAGAAGACUCAAGAGGAAGAAUCCAGGUUUUGCUGAAGAUAUUCCUGAAGAAUCAUUCCAGGUGCCACACUAAAAAAAUGAUCCAGUUGACAGCUACCCCUGUGAGUGCACUUGUUGAUGAGCCAGUGCAUAUCCAAGCUACAGGCCUGAUUCCCUUUCAGAUGGUGAGUUUUCAGGCAUCACUGGAAGAUGAAAGUGGAAACAUGUUUUAUUCUCAAGCCCACUAUAGGGCCAAUGAAUUUGGUGAGGUGGACCUGAAGCAUGCUUCUUCACUUGGAGGGGAUUAUAAGGGAGUCCACCCCAUGGGUCUCUUCUGGUCUCUGAAACCUGAAAAGCUAUUAACAAGACUGUUGAAAAAAGAUGUGAUGAAUAAACCUUUCCAGGUCCAAUUAAAACUUUAUGACUUAGAGUUAAUAGUGAACAAUAAAGCUGCCAGUGCUCCAAAGGCCAGCCUUACUUUGGAGAGGUGGUAUGUGGCACCUGGUGUCACACGAAUUCAGGUUCGAGAAGGCCGCCUUCGAGGAGCUCUCUUUCUCCCUCCAGGAGAGGGUCGCUUCCCAGGGGUGAUUGAUUUGUUUGGUGGUUUGGGUGGGCUGCUUGAAUUUCGGGCCAGCCUCCUAGCUAGUCGUGGCUUUGCCUCCUUGGCCUUGGCUUACUUUAACUAUGAAGACCUGCCCGCCAAACCAGAAGUAACAGAUUUGGAAUAUUUUGAGGAGGCUGCCAACUUUCUCCUGAGACAUCCGAAGGUCUUUGGCCCAGGCGUUGGGGUAGUCUCUGUAUGUCAAGGAGUACAGAUUGGACUAUCUAUGGCUGUUAACCUAAAGCAAGUCACAGCCACAGUACUUAUUAAUGGAACCAACUUUCCUUUUGGCAUUCCACAGGUGUAUCGUGGUAAGAUCUAUCAGCCCUUUCCCUAUUCUGCACAAUUAAUAUCCACCAGUGCCUUGGGGUUACUAGAGCUCUAUCGCAUUUAUGAGACAACUGAAGUUGGGGCCAGUCAAUAUUUAUUUCCUGUUGAAGAGGCCCAGGGGCAUUUCCUCUUCAUCGUAGGAGAAGGCGAUAAGAUUAUCAACAGCAAAGCACAUGCUGAACAAGCCAUAGGACAGCUGAGGAGACAUGGGAAGAACAACUGGACCCUGCUCUCUUACCCUGGGGCAGGCCACCUGAUAGAACCUCCCUAUUCUCCUCUGUGCUGUGCCUCAAUGACCCGCGAUUUGAAGUUACACUGGGGAGGAGAAGUGAUCCCACACGCAGCUGCACAGGAACAUGCUUGGAAGGAGAUCCAGAGAUUUCUCAGGAAGCACCUCAUUCCAGAUAUGACCAGUCCACUCUAAGAAGACUAGAUAUUCCUAGAAAAUAAAGAAGCAAAUCUCUUUACCAGGACCUUCUCUCAAUUUUCAUGGCAGAAUGUCUCCCCCAACUGCUAUAUACAUUUUGUAUUAAUUUUAAUGAUUAAAAAGAGCAUAGGGUAAAAACCUGAUAUUUCACUUAUACUGCAUAACAAGCUACCAAACUGGAAAUGGUGGAUAAAUCGUAAAACAAAUCAUUUUACUUAUUAUUUACAUGACUUUUCUUUCCAUCAGGUCUUCUAAAUAGGACUGAGGUAUAGUACACUGGCAAAAAUAAGAAAAGGCAAACAAGAAUAGCACCAAAGUAACAGAUACCUAAAACCAAAUACCAUGUCAGAACACACCAUAUAGUAAGAAUUCAUCGGAUUAGAGCUGCAGGAGAAAGGUAAUACUAAAUUAUAAUCAUUUUAGUGAUAUUUUUCAACUUCACCACGGUAACUUUGCAACAUCAUUUUUCACUUGUGGGGUAGUAAAAUUCAUGUCAAGAAGGAAAGAAGGAAUGGAGGAAGUCAGUUAGUUCAUUGCAAUAAAUUACUUCUUCAGUUCUUAAAAACAUGCCCACUGGCACAUAAUUGAGACAUAAUAACUAAGACUAGAAGAGACUUGGUUUAAGUUAUGAAGCAAAUUAAAAUGGAAAAGACAAGAAAAUAGAACCAAUGAGGUUUAAAAUGCCCCUUACUGAAAAUCUGUAUUAAAAAUAAAAUUAAUAAAGCAAAAAAUAAAUAUAGAAAUACAACUCUGCUAGUACAGGCUAACCUGGGGAGUUUGAUGAACUGAGUGAUUGGGUCAAUGUCACUGUACUUCCAUAAUGAAUUUUUUCAGUCAUGUUAGAGUAGCACAUGAAUGUGAGCUCUAUUAGGACAGGUACUAUAUUUCCAUAAGACCCAAAUAGUUACUGUACAUCCCAUAAGUAAAAAAUACUUUAGUUUGAUAACCAACAAAAUAUAUGAAGACUCCAUGUAAUUCAACCACAUGAUUGUUGUACAGUCCUUUGCAAAUAUUAAAACAUUUUUUUGCUAUAAGGCUUUGAUCAUACAGUUCUCUAGCAACAUAACUACCAUCUAGCAUGUACCACAUUUUGCAAGCCUUUAAGUUCAACAAUCCAAACUGUCAAUUUGUAUUUUGUACAAAUGCAGUAUCCUUGAGGAAUAUAGUGUGUCAGUUAAAUAUCUAGAGACAUACAAACAUCUGCUAAUUCAUCUCACUGCGAUGGGUCAUUCUGAUCUCCAUCAUCAACCCGCUUUUCAUCAGCUUCUCCUACUUCAUUCUCCUCAUUGUCUUUAUCAUGAGGGAUUCUGUAUCCUGUCUCUCAUCUAUACUUUCUUGCCUUCCUGGCUGUGAUUUAUUUGUACAGCCUACACAAAAACCAUAGGGUCAAGAUCCAUGUCUUACUCCAACACUGGCUGCUAACAUGAUCUUCUUACAUACCAUAUAUUUGCAUUUUUAUCCUUCUUAUGCACCAAGAAAUGUUUUCUUCCAUGUUUUCUUCAAGUAUAAAAAAUCACAGCUAAAUGACCUCACUCAUGUAUGAAUAAGCAAGUGCCUUUUUAGUGUUGCAUUUGGCUGCAUAGCUACAAUGAUGGCAUUUUAACUUAUUCAUGAUUAGAGAUGAUGAUAUGGUUUGGAUAUUUGUUGUGCCCAAAUUUCAUACUGAAAUGUAAUCCCCAGUGUUGGAGAUGAGGCCUGCUGCGAGAUGUUUGGGUCAUGGGGGUGAACCCAAAUGGCUUGAUACUGUCCUCAUGAGAGUAUGAUAGUGAGUGAGUUCUCAAGAGAUCUGACUGUUUAAAAGUGUAUAGCACCUCCUCCCUGCCCUCACACUCUUUCUUGCCUCCUCUCUCGCCAUGUGAGGUGCCUCCUCGCCGUUCACCUGCUGCCAUGACUGUAAACUUCCUGAGGCCUCCCCAGAAGCCAAGCAGAUGCAAGCAUCAUGCUUCUGUAAAGCCUGCAGGACCAUGAUCCAAUUAAAUCUCUUUUCUUUAUAAAUUA